UUCUAGACAAUAAUAUGAAUAUUGAAGGGACAAGCGUGGCAGUUGAUAAGAAUCAAGAUUACUCUAAUUCUAUUGAUUGUGGUGUCAGUCCUGAUGUGACCAACUUUAGUGCUCUUUUGCAAUGGAAACACAACACAACCAAUGAUGUACCAUCUUCAAGUGUUCAGAAUGCUGGUGUAUAUCAGGUGUAUGAGAAUGGUGUGCAGCGGCUCUACAUCAAGUCAGCUAGUGGCUCUGACAGUGGAGUGUAUGCAUGCCAAUAUACUGCAACUAAUAGCUCCAUAGUGUCAAAGUCAUUUGCACUGAAUGUUGGUGUGGUGGAUUGCUUUUGGGGUAGUUGGAGUUCAUGUAGUGUUGAAUGUGGAAAUGGCACUAGAACUAGAACUAAAAUUCGGCAGAUUAGUCAAGCAACUACAAUGAGUGGUCAGAAGUGUACAGGACCAUCAACUGAGAUCUGCAUAGUCACAUCUUGUACAGCAACCAAUCUAGCUGUUUCUCGUAAAGCAACGGUGACCAUGAGUUCAGUCUACAGUGAUGACUAUGUUGCUGCAUACGCUAUAGAUGGCAAUCCAAAAGAUGUUACUGGACAGAGACUUGUUAGCACUAGUUGUGCUGGUACAAAAUAUUCCUUGAAUCCUUGGCUUCAAAUUGACUUGCAAAAGGAAUAUCUUGUGUCACGUGUUAGAGCUAUUCUUAUAGCUGAUCGUGGUGAGAAUGUAUAUGUUCGUGUUGGUAACAGCUUAACAAAUGAUGGGACUGACAACCACAAUUGUGGAAAGGCGCCAUAUGACAGCUCUAAUCACUGGUAUGCAAUAUGGCGAGACGUUAGCUGCAGCCCACCAGUUUGGGGAAGAUACAUUAAUUUACAGAGAAAUGUGACAAAUCACAUUCUUCAUGUAUGUGAGGUGGCUUUCAACUAUGAGUUGGAGAUUGCUAUUCUAGACAAUAAUAAGAAUAUUGAAGGAACAAGUGUGGCAGUUGAUGAGAAUCAAGAUUACUCUAAUUCUAUUGAUUGUGGUGUCAGUCCUGAUGUGACCAGCUUUAAUGCUCUUUUGCAAUGGAAACACAACACAACCAUUGAUGUACCAUCUUCAAGUGUACAGAAUGCUGGUGUUUAUCAGUUGUAUGAGAAUGGUGUGCAGAAGCUUUACAUCAAGUCAGCUACUGUCUCUUCCAAUGGUUUGUAUACAUGUCAAUAUACUGCAACUAAUGGCUCUAUAGUGUCAAAGUCAUUUACAGUGAAUGUCAAUGUAAACUGUGAAUGGAGCUCAUGGUCAGAUUGUACACCAUCGUGUAGUUUUGGAAAUCAUACUCGUACACGAGCACGUCUUAAGCAACACAAUGGAAUGGACUGUGUGGGGUUGCCAACUGCAAACUGUGACAGCAAACAACCUCCAUGUGCACCAACAGCUGGGCAGUCGAUAGUUUCUUUUGAUGAGUCCUCAGUGCAAGAGUUGAGUUGCUCAGCUUCACAAUAUUCUGGUCUAAGUGGAGAUAUUACAUUUGGAUGGUACAGAGAAGAGAAUGGAGUUGAUUCAGCUAUUAUAUUAGACUCUCGAGUAACAAAUUUAUCGAAUAAUGAUGGUGUUGGCCGAUUUACUGGGAAAUUGAAAUUUGCAUCUGUGAAGCGUUCAGAUAGAGGAUUAAUCAAGUGCAGGGCAUUUAACAAGUAUGGUGCUAGUGACCUGCCUUCAACUAUUUCAGUUAAUGUCAAAUAUGCUCCUGAAUCUGUUGAAAUUAGACCAUCUAAUCCAGUGGGUGUGAAAGGACUAAGUAUUACAUUAAACUGUUCUGCUGUUGGUAAUCCCUUUCCAGUUUAUGAAUGGAGAGGAAGCAAGAGUGCAACAGGAUCUACUCUGAAAUUAACAUCACUCGAAUUUAAGGAUGAAGGGACAUACACAUGUGUUGCUAGUAACACCAUUGAGGCUGGUGCUAGGUCCAGUAAUGCAUCAGUACAGUUGACAAUUGAAGGUCCUCCACAGAGAUGUGUUGUGUUGUCUGUCGAUAGCUAUAUUGACUCUGAAGUGAAUGUUACUGUCAACUGUCCUGAAAAUGGAAAUUCAAGUGUAACUGUAUAUCGCAUAGAACAUCAGUUGGAUAGUGUCACCAGCAACAUACAGUGGUUACAAGAAGAAUUCAGUACUUUUGAUCCUCAACCAUUUGUUGUUGGUGGUCUCAGUCCAUUUACAAAGUACAGAUUUAGAGCAACAGCAGGAAACAGGCAUGGCUAUGAACCUGGAAGUUUGGCAGCUGUUAAUGUGUUAACUGUGACUACUGCUGAAGGCUAUCCUGGUUUCCCCACUUCAGUGAGUUUAUCGGGAAAUGCUUCUGCUCGCUGGUUUGUUGUGUCUUGGUCACCUUCUAGUAUACGUAAUGUUGUUCCUCGCUAUUACUUUGUUUACUACAAAGCAAUUGGUGUCCGCCAAGUGAGAGAUGUGGAUGAUCACAAGAGACUGAAUGUAACAGGCACGUGGGCCAAUUUGACAAUGCUCACUCCAUUUACGCAAUACAAUGUUGAGGUGGCCGCAGUGAAUGUUCGGUCUCAUGAUGGCAAGGUGUUGGAAGGACAAAGAAGCACUACCAUUGUUGCCAACACAACAGAAGAUGCUCCUACAACUGCACCACGUAACCUGACAUAUCUUUCUGAUCCACCACAUACAGUCACUGUAAUGUGGAGUGAACCUGAAAUACCAAAUGGAGUUAUUAAAUAUUACAUUGUUGAAUACAUGCUGUCAGAUGGGACUGGAAACAGGACACGUUUCAAUUUAGUGAAAAUGUUGAGUCAAGAGAUUGGUGGUCUAAUGCCGUCAACAAAUUAUAAUGUCACAGUUCAAGCUUUCACAGUUGGUGUUGGACCAGCAGCAUCCAUUAUUGUUAUGGCAGUUGCUAUAACACCAACUCCACCUCAGAAUUUGAGAAAUUCAAGUGUGACAUCGAGUUCAAUUACUCUACAAUGGGAUAGACCUAUAAGCUUUAAUGGUGCUUUUGAGUACUACACUGUUUACAACAGUAUUGGUGAUGCUCCGUACAGCAAGAGUCCCGUCAUUAGGAGUCAUGAAAACCUGUACACCUUGGCGGGCCUCAGACCGUAUACUAUUCACAAAAUAUAUAUGACGGUAACGAAUAAUGCAAAGUCUGAUCCAGAAAGUUUUCCUAGUGACAUGAUUACAGUGCUCACACUGGCAUUAACACCAACUCCGCCUCAGCAUGUGAGAAAUUCAAGUGUGACGUCAAAUUCGGUUACUAUUCAUUGGGAUUCUCCCUUGAACUCAAAUGGCAUCCUUCGCUUUUACACUGUUUACUAUGGCACUGAUACUUCACAAUAUGACACGUUUUCUGACAUUUCCUUCAGUCAAAGUGCAUACACGUUGAUGAAUCUUAGUCCAUACACAACAUACUUCAUAUACGUGUCAGUGACAAAUAAUGCAAGUUUCAAUCCAGAAAGUUUGCCUAGCAACGUUAUUCAAGUGCAAACUCUUUCGUCUCCUCCUCUUAAACCAGAUAAACCAAUAACUGGUGAAACAAGACCAUCAGCGACAACUAUAACAUUGGUGCCUCCAAGUGUUGACAGUUCGAAUGGUCCAAUAAAGUAUGUUGAUUUUAUUGUGCACGAGGAUGUGACUACAUCUGAUGGUGAUGAGCCAGCUAACAUACCGCCUGUUAUUAGACCAUAUGACAAGAGUAGGAUCUGGUAUGUGGCAGCUCGAUAUGAAUAUGAUGACUACAAGAAGAACAUAGGCGGACAUCAGUUUAUCAUUGGAAAUGGUUCAGUGGUAUCUUCUGGAGGCAUAGAGUACACAAAUGGACCACUACGGCCAGGACAGUCAUAUCUGGUUUAUAUUCGCGUCAUCGGGACUGGAGAUGAUGGGGUGCAGGAGUUCUCAUCAGUCAGUACAGCGAUCAGGUACAGAACUGCAUCUGCAGAGUCAGACAAUAAGUCAUCUGGAGGAUCAUCGAAUUCUGUGUUGAUCAUAGCAGUUGCUGUUGCUCUAAGUAUCAUCAUCGUCAUGCUUGUCAUCAUAUGCAUACUGUUUGUUUUUCUGAGGAAGAAUUACCUGUGUACUAGAAAAGAGAUAGCAUUGGAGCCUAAAAUAUAUGAUACCGUCAUUGCCAAUUCUGAAGCAACAUCUGGAACAAGUAAACGCCUGGAGAAAAGCAAUGAAACAAAAAUGACAAUUAAUAGCUUAUACAAUACUACAGGUGCAGGCAGCAAUGCUGGAUUAAGUGUAUAUGAAGAGAUGGGAACCGUUGCAGUUCAGAACAACGAGAAAAACGAUGGACCAUUGUAUGAGAGUAUGGAUGGCGAAUCGGCACUUUAAUCUUGACGUAAUAAUGAAGAAAACUCUCUAGUAAUGAAAUGUGGCUUUUAAGGUUUAAAAUGCAUUUGUUACUGCUUGUGUUCUGACUCUAUGUUUGGCAUGGUUAUUAAUUGUUGAGUUUUUUGUAGCUAGUUUGUAUGAAUGUUUAGCCAGAAUGAGAAGAAAAAAUAACUUUGUAUUGUUUGGGACUAUCAUAUCUGCUUGUGAGAAUUAAGGUAGAGCUGAA